CACCCGCUGGGGGAGGAGAGUCUAGAUGGACGUAUAGAUAGGCCAAAUAAAUAAACAAACGACAGGACGGAGGGGAGGAGGGAGAAGGAGAGAAAAAGGAAAUUCCCUUCUUCACGAGCAUCUUGCGCUGCGCAGUGCUGGCGACACCACCGGGGAGCGGUGCGCAUUUUUCUGUCGAUCUGAGGAGAGGAGUCACAUCUCUGAGGAGAAACGCACAGAAACACCGCAAUCUGGAGGAAACUGCGGGUUAUUCUUUUAUCUUGAACGCUUCUUUUUUUUUUAAUGCGAGAGGAGACACAGCCAAACCCGAUGCCCCCUCCAAACGGGAUAUUUGACCGACCUAUGGAGUGUUGAUUUAAGAUUUUUAUUCCGUCUUUGGACACGCAGAGGAGCGUCGCUUGCACCGCAUUUUUUGCCCCACGGGUCUAUUUUUGCGUGAAAUUGCUGCGGGGUGAGAAAAUAGCUUUCAUUGCCAGUUGAGUGUUACAUAACCGAGUGGCAUUAGCUGUCCAAGGUGCUGAACUGAACGGUCGGAGCCUAUAACGGGACGAGCCGAGGGGGAAUUCACAACCUUGCAAGGUCACAGGCCUACCAGUCGGGGGAAGAGGAAAGCGAAGGGAUCCGGGAAGCAGCCGGGUGCUAUUCCUACAUUUUCUGUCACCGUGGUGAAAUACAUUCCUGAGGUGGUCGAUUCAACGGAGAGAAAAUGUCGGGGCAAACGCUCACGGAUCGCAUCGCCGCUGCGCAAUACCAGCUAACGGGAUCAGAUAUGGCCCGGGCUGUCUGCAAAGCCACCACUCAUGAAGUGAUGGCGCCCAAGAAAAAGCACCUGGAGUACCUGGUGUCAGCCACCAACACCACCAAUGUGAAUAUCCCUCAGAUGGCUGACACGCUGUUUGAGCGAGCCACCAACGCCAGCUGGGUGGUCGUCUUCAAGGCCCUUGUCACCUGUCAUCACAUGUGUGUCCAUGGCAACGAGAGGUUCAUUCAGUACUUGGCUUCCAGGACCUCCCUGUUCAACCUCAGCAAUUUUAUCGACAAAACCGGCUCUCACGGCUAUGACAUGUCUACAUUCAUCAGACGGUAUGGACGAUACCUGAACGAGAAAGCCUUCGCCUACCGCCAGAUGGCUUUUGAUUUCACCAGAGUCAAGAAGGGUGCUGACGGCGUGAUGAGAACCAUGACCACUGAGAAGCUGUUGAAAGGCAUGCCUGUUCUGCAGACUCAGAUUGACACACUCCUGGAGUUCGAUGUUCAUCCCAAGGAGCUCAACAAUGGGAUCAUCAACGCUGCAUUCAUGCUUCUCUUCAAGGACCUUGUCAAACUGUUUGCGUCCUACAAUGAUGGAAUCAUCAACCUAUUAGAGAAAUACUUUAAGAUGAAGAAGAGUGACUGUAAGGAGGCCUUGGAGAUCUACAAGAGGUUCCUGACCAGAGUGACAAAGAUUGGAGAGUUCAUGAAGCUGGCUGAGACAGUUGGAGUUGACAAAAACGACAUUCCUGACAUCAACUACGCUCCCAGCAGUAUCCUGGAGAGUCUGGAAACACACAUGAACGGUCUGGAGGAUGUGAAGGGUGGAAAGAAGGGUGAAGGGUCUCCAACAAAGGGGUCUCCGACAAACAAUGUGUCUCCAACAUCAACUCCUGCCAAGUCUUCAAACGCUGUUCCUGCAUUGCAGCCUCCUCCUGGGGAGACAGCUGCUGCUGCUGCUGCUCCUGAGCCAGCUGAAGAUUCCUUGUUGGACCUGGAUCCGCUGUCCUCCUCAGGUCCCUCAGCACCAUCAGCUGCCCCCACGUCUUGGGGAGAUCUUCUUGGAUCAGAAAUGGGCGAUUCCUUGCUAUCUGAACCCACCCUCACGGCAGAGCCCGCCCCCUCCCCUGCAGCAGCAACGCCCACUCCUGCAGCGGCAGAACCCGGAGUCUCUCUAGCUCCUCCCACUAGCACAGCAGCCGCCACCUCCCCUGGCGCCGCCAAUAUGGAUCUGUUGGGAGAUGCCUUUGCAACACCUGCUCCUGCCACUGAGGCCUCUGCAGCAGCAGCUGAAGGUGGGGCCGCUGCCACGUCCGCCCCAGCCGCCAACGCUGGAGCUGACCCCUUUGCUGCCUCGGAUGGCGGCACCAGCGCAGCGCCUUCAGGUCUAGAUCUUUUCAGCAUGAUGACAGCAGAGAAUGAUAACCCGGGCAGUUCGCUGGAUGCCUGUUUUACCUCUGUGGUGCCCCAGCCCUCCCCCUCCCCUUCCCCUUCACCGCUCUUCACCUCCAGCACCAUCACCACCACUGCAACCAUUUCAGCUCCCAUAGCUCCCAGCACCGCCAACCCUGCGACUGACCUUUUCAGCGAUCUCUUUGAUUCCAUGCCAGACACGAGCUUCACCAAAGCCGACCCCGCGCCCAGUGUUGACUUGUUUACAGCAGCGGAUGUGUUCAGCUCCCCUGCCCCUAUCCUCUCCUCCGCACCCCCACCCAAAAUUGACACGGGAGCCAUCAUGAACCUGUUUGGUGAGUCCACAGGAGGAGAUGCCACAGCCGCUGCUGCUCCUGCUGCCCCCGGUGCUGAGCUCAUGUCAGUAUUUGAUGGACUAGGGGAUGUAAUGAAGCCCACUUUGACCCCUCAGGGGGGAGAUGUUGACACCUCCAUGGCUAACAUGGCAAGUAACCUCACAAUGGGAUCCGCAGCGGCACCUCAGGUAGCUCCCCCCUGUUGGGGUGCUCCCAUGACCGUACCCAUGGGUGUUCCUCCUUUUAUGGGGACUCACCCCAGCUUCAGCAUGCCCGGGGCACCGGGAGCUCCCAUGAUGCCCAUGGUGAGGCCAGGCUUCCCUGCCACCGGAGCGACCCCUGGAGCACCGAUGUCUCCUGGAGCAGCCCAGAGCCCCAGAAAGCCUCCACCACCGAGGAACGCUCUGGAUGACCUCAACAUUAAGGACUUUAUGUAGACUGACUGGCCUGAAAACCCCCAAGGUUCGUCAUUGUGUCUGGAGCUCUGUGGAUGUGGAUGUCUGCACUCCCCCCACUGCCUUCCCCUCAGUCACACCCAAACCCCUUCAGCCAACCAGCCAUUACAUCUGCGUUCUCUGCCCUCUGACCUCCGCGACCCCUAAAAUUAAACCUGCCCUCCUUAUCUAAUGUUGUAGCACAACUGUGAAUGUGAACCCUAGAUACAGAAACUCCGUUUAUGUGUGUGUGGGUGUGCGUGUAAUUCAGUGUUAACCUUUACUUAAUAUACUACGGAAAAACGAACAAAAA